AUGCCGCCAACGCAGCCGUCGUUUCCACUGUCAACCCCGCCGCCGCCGACACAGGCGAUACCUACGGGGCCAGUACCGUCCCAUCAGAGCACACAAACAGAUCAGCCUGCCUUGACAGCCAAUCUGAGGGGAAAGAGCUCGCAUGGAGCGCGCAGGCGACGACAGCUACUGGAACAGAGAUCGAAGCCUCCUUCUGCACAAGAGCUUGCUGAGAAGCUUCAGAAGCUGAAAGAGGAUUCAGGAAGAGCCGGCAAUGCUUCUCCGGCGCCGACACUAGCGUCGCCGCCCGAAGAGAGCGGGCAAUCGAGCCGGUCGGCCCCAGAGCCUGAUGACCAUCCGCAAUGUGCGCGUGUAUCACUUGGUCGGGAGAUUUCUGACCCUGCGGAGGUACGCGAGUUCAAUGAAGGAUUUCAUCGAUUGCUGAGAGAAGUGCGGUUGGCAAUCAACGCGCGCCGUGACCGUGACACAGAGCUUGGGGAUGAUCAGCGCAGUGCGAGGCAGACCAGCAGCUUAAGAGAGUUGGAAAGGAUCAGACAUCUGUGGGAGGCAACGCUUUCGAAUGAGGAGUGGUCACGUUACGGCUCGCCGAGAUUCACAAGACGCUCACACUUUACCCGAGCAAGUGACUGGUUCUUGCGCCGUUUUACGAACCAGGACGACGGCGCAGUGGCUCCGUUGGCUGAGUUAGCGCCAGCCCCGAUAGCAGCAGAGCAUGCUGCCCGAUGGGAAGCGCAAAGGCGAGAGCUAGGGCUUCCUCUCCUGCCAUCCAUCGCCAGAGUUGCGGGUAGCGUCGAGACCAGGAAUCCAGCUCCGCAUCCAAAUCCACGUCUGCUUCGAAGACGCCCAGGACGCGGUCCGUCUCGCGCGCAAGUUCCUGCUGCAGAGCUUGUCCGACGUUUACAGCGCCUGGUAGGUGAGGCGGUACUGUCAGACUUUGAUCCACUUGAUAAUCUCCGCUGGAACCGGGAGAUGGGGCGCUUAUUCGGUCCCGGUUUGGCGGCGAGGCUUGUCAACGUGACGGAUCGGUUGCCGGAAAGGGAAGAUGGAGGUAUCCUGACUCCUGUGCCGACAAAAGUGACAGGACCAUUAUCCGUGCCGCCGUCGCCCGUUCGCCUUGCGGACCGUCACCCGAAUGGAGCUUCGUCACCUUCACGUCAAGUCCCACCAAAUCGUGAUAGGAGACGUUCGCAACACUUGGCUAAGAGCGGACCGGGAACCUUACGAAGUAUAUCGCUGCCGUACGAAUCGCUUCCCAUACCUGUCACGGUCGAGAGGCAGAAUUGGACAGCUGGGGUAGCUGAAGCAGUUAUUGAAGGUCCUCUCUCAACACAGGACGAGGAAGAGUCGGAGGAAGAUGCAGCAUCGAUGGCUCCACGACUGAUCUCACCCAGCCGCAUUCGAAGAAGUUCCCGACCUCUGAGUCCGACUUCACCAGAAGUCGCACCAGCUCCGUCACAGCCGCACGAAGGCUCGAUUUGCGGUGUACCCUUCAGAACCAAGGGGCUGAACGAGCUCUCGGAUCCAACUGGAGCUGCUGCUCAAGGAUCGGUGUUGUCGCAGACCAACGAGCAGGUUGGGCAAGCAGCUCAACCUGGCCAAGUCACAGACGGCCCCAAUCUUCCCGCUCUGCCAGCCAGGCACGGACGACUACUCAGCGACGAGAUCCACGAUCUCUUACAUGCAAAGACAGGCCUAGGGUUGAGAAAAGAUGUCGCUGGGAGUGCGACUGCGAAUCGAGAUGACGGUUCGCCAGAAGCCGCUCGGGAAAUUCCACUCCAUGCUAGCUACAACAUGCAUGAGCGGAACGCAGCCAUUGUCCAUCAACGACGACGAACGCCAAACCGACGAGAUCUUUCAUGGAGCGCACCCACUGAAGUCACUGACGAACACCAGUGGGUGGCGAGCACGACCAACCGUUUCGCAUUCCCUGGCGGAAUUGCCGCCAGAGAUAUCGCCCAGUCGUCGCAGGACGAACGUGCUGAGACACAGUCGCCGCGGAAGCAGAAAACUGACGAGGUAGGCGCUCCGAGCGCGGUUACUACACAGAAUGAAGACAAACAAUAUCAAUCUACGCAUGACCAGCAGGCCACAUUCGCGAGCGCUGCGGCAAGACUUAUCAGUGAGCGAGCUAGCUUAGGCUCCACACCACCAACAAUGCCUCAACAAUUUGCGACUGGGGACGAGGCCAGAAAGCCAAGCUUUGAGACUUUAGAGCCGGGCCCAUCAUCGCUACGAACAACUGUCCAGGUUUCGCGUAGCCCGUUGUUGCCAGAUGCGUCAUGGUCUUUCGACAAGAUCUCUGAGCGGCAACCAAGGCAUGAGGGAGCCGCCCAAGCUCAGAGUCUACCUAGCCCGCGACUUCCACCGAUAACCGCUGUUGCCCUACAGCCCAGCAACGUCAAUACCGCCGUGUCCAGCAACCACGACGAGAACAUAUCUCCUACUGCUCCAUUUGUUCUGGCCGCUAAGAGCACUGUCCAGCAUGAGGAUCAGAACCCCUCAGCAGGGCACAAUCCUGCAGAGCGCUUACAUGCAUCUUCUGAGCAACCAGUGUCGAAUGGAGCGGGCUCGGUCAUCAGCGCUGCCGACAUGAGUGUACAGGCAGAGUCGCACUUAAUCUUUACCGGACCGCGCGGCAACUCCACCAUCACCGAUCCUGCUGCCCAAGACACCCCCAAUAGGCGUGACACACAAGGUCUGGUGCAGAGUACAUUACAAGAGUCGACGAAGCGUAGGAGUGAGGAGUACGAGCGUGAAGAGAGUCCGAAAAGGCAGCAAUUGGAGUGA